UCUAAUAGUCAUCACCAGGAAGUGUAGUCUGGCUUACCUAAUCCAAUAUUACUGUAAGUGGAAUUUCCUAUCUUAGUCUGAGGCCCCAGGACCAUGCCAACACUGAGAAAUGGCAAUGCUUCAGUGGUCUCUUUGCAUGAGUUUGUGCUAGUGGGAUUUGAGGGUGGGCUGAAGAUCCAGGUCCUGCUCUUUGCUGUAUUCUUGACCCUCUAUAUGGUGACUGUACUGGGGAACCUCACGAUGAUCGUGGUCAUCACACUGGACGCCCGCCUCCACUCCCCGAUGUACUUUUUUCUUAAGAACCUCUCCUUCCUGGACCUCUGCUACUCCUCCGUCAUUGCUCCCACGGCCCUUUCAAACUUCUUCUCAUCAAGAAAAAUCAUCACCUUCGCGGGCUGUGCCACUCAGCUAUUCUUAUUUGCUAUACUGGUCACCACUGACUGUUUACUUCUGGGUGUCAUGGCCUAUGACCGCUUCAUGGCCAUCUGCAACCCCCUGCGCUACCCAGUCACCAUGUGCCCCUCAGCCUGCACCCGCCUGGUACUGGGCACCUACUGUGGAGGCUGCUUCAAUUCCAUUGUGCAGACCAGUGUAGCUCUCCGUGUGCCAUUCUGCAGCUCCAACCACAUCAACCACUACUUCUGUGACUUGCCCUCUCUGCUCCGGAUUGCCUGUGCCGACACAGCCCUCAAUGAACUGGUCAUGUUUGGCAUCUGCGGGCUGAUCAUUGUGGGUGUGACAUGUGUGGUUCUUGUCUCCUAUGGCUAUAUCACAGUGACCAUUCUGAGGAUGCGUUCAGCAGCUGGGCGUCACAAGGUCUUCUCAACGUGUGGUUCCCACAUGACUGUAGUGACUCUCUUUGUUGGGACUGUCUUUGUGAUGUAUGCCCAUCCAGGAGCCAUUGAGUCCAUGGAGCAGGACAAGGUGGUCUCCAUCUUCUACACUCUGGUCACUCCCAUGCUCAACCCCCUCAUUUACAGUCUACGGAACAAGGAUGUAAAGGAAGCCUUAAAGAGGUUGGGUCAGAAACAUGUAGCUACAUGAAGGGGGCAGCUGGGGAGAGACAGAGUAUCCUGAGGACUCAGCGAAAGGAGAGCCUUUUGGUUGGGGUGGAUCAGGAAAUUCCUUCCAUCGUUCCUUCCUUCACUCAAUCAACUUUUAUUUAAAGCACACUAUGUAUCUACUAUUUGUAAACUACUUGGAAAAGAUGCAUAUGACAAUGUUGUUGUCCGCUAAGAACCAACAGUGCAAAGGAGCAAAAAUAAUAAAAUGUAUUGUGUUGUUUGUAACUUAUA